UUAUUUAAUAAUUCUAAAAGAGAAGGAAAGAACAAAGGAGGAGGAGAAGACUGGUUGGUAAUGCUACCUAUUGUUCUUGCUUUUCUGCCACGGACUGUCGUUUCGUCGUCUUCUUCUUCGACUUCCCCGUCGUUUUAGGUUUAGGUACGCAUUCUCUGUCUCAAUUCACUGAAUCACUUUCCCCCAAAUCUGACUUUCCAAUCUCAAUUUCGGUUUCAUUGUAAUCCCUAACCAAAUUGGGGUGUUAUUGUAUUAGAAAUUCACCGAUUUGGCGAUCAUAGUUGGAAUUAGAGGUUGCUUGAUGAGUCGGUUAUAGCAAUAGCAACGAAAAAAUUGUUUGGUGUUUACAAAAAUGGCUGGUUCGGGUGACGAUGAUGCCGACGCGGUUUUAAGUGAUGUGGAAGGAGACGAUCCAGCGCCGAUUAUGAUUAAGAGUUCUUCCGAGGAUGAAAUCUCGCCGGAGCGGUUCCGGGAGCUGAGAGCGGAGCUCGAUCGCGAGCGUCAAGGUCGUUUGGCGGCGGAGAAAGCGAGAAGUGAUUUAGAACUGCCGUUUACUCGUUUGAAGGCUUUGGCUCAUGAGGCGAUUAAGAAGCGAGAUGAGUUUGGGAGGCAGAGAGAUGAAGCUUUGCGCGAGAAGGAAGAAAUUUCCGGGAGUUAUGAGAAGGUCGCGGCUGAGUUAGCAGAAGUGAGUAGAGCUAGAGAUGAGGUUUCGAAGCAGGUGAGUGAGAUCGCUGGGCAAUUGGAUGAGGCAGUGAAGGAGAGAGAUGGUUUGAGAUCGGAAAUUGGGAAUUCGACGCAUAUGUUUGUGACUGGGAUUGAGAAGAUUUCUGCGAAAGUCAGUAGCUUCAAGAACUUUGGGAAUGGCGGAUUGCCUCGUUCAACAAAAUACUCGGGCAUGGCGUCUGUGGCCUAUGGCGUCAUUAAGAGGACGAAUGAGAUUGUGGAAGAACUCCUUAAACAGAUUGAUGCAACGGCCAAGUCCAGGAAUGAAACCAGGGAGCAGAUGGAGCAGAGGAGUUACGAGAUUGCUAUUGAGGUUUCUCAACUUGAAGCCACCAUUAGUAAGUUGAGAGAUGAGGUUUCGGGGAAAGCUUCUGCGGCUGAGAAUUUGGAGAAGAUGGUUGCUGAAAAGGAAGGAAGGAUAUCUGAAAUUGAAAGAGAGAUGGAAGAGAAGGUAAACAAGGUGGAAAGUGAAGCUACGGAAUUGAGGCAAUUGGUGGAAGAGUACGAAGAUAAGUUGACAGAGUUGGAAUCGAAAAUGGAAGCACAGAGGCCUUUAUUGUUUAAUCAGUUGAAUUUGGUUUCGAAAAUUCAUGACCGAAUUUAUGGUGUUAUCAAGAUUGUUGAUGCUGGUAAUUUGGAUCAGUCAGAGCUCUCGGAAUCGUUGUUUCUCCCUCAAGAAACUGACAUGGAGGAAAAUGUACGUGCAUCUUUAGCUGGGAUGGAAUCCAUUUAUGAAUUAACUGGAAUUGUCACUGAGAAGACAAAGGAUCUAAUUGAGGAAAAGAAUCGUGAAAUUAAGAGCUUAGAUGAAACGGUUUCUCGUUUAACUAAGGAGAAAGAACACAUUGGAUCUCUGCUUAAGAGCGCUUUAUCGAAGAGGAUUACAUCAAAUCCAUCUUCAAAAUCGAAUGAUUUGUUCCAUGUUGCUGAAAACGGUUUAAGAGAAGCUGGAAUAGAUUUCAAAUUUGGUAAGCAUAUUGGGAAUAGGAGUGUUCUAAAUUCUGACCACAAAGUGGACUCACUGAAGGCAGAGGAUGACGAAGUAUACACUUUGGCUGAAGCGUUGGAGAAUAUUGUAAAGGCAUCUCAGCUUGAGAUCAUUGAGCUACAGCAUUCUGUGGAGGAAUUAAGGGCAGAGUCAAGUUUACUUAAAGAGCACGUAGAGGCUCAAGCCAAGGAGCUUGACAACAGGCUGCGUCAGAUUGAAGAACUUGAAGAGAAAGAAAGAGUGGCGAAUGAAAGUGUGGAAGAACUAAUGAUGGACAUUGCUUCUGCUGAAGAAGAGAUUACAAGAUGGAGAGUGGCAGCAGAGCAAGAAGCUGCUGCUGGCAGGGGCGUUGAACAAGAAUACGUUGCACAGUUGUCGUCAGUUAAGCAAGAACUUGAAGAGGCAAAGGGAGCCAUGUUGGAGUCAGAAAAGAAACUCAGAUUCAAAGAAGAGACGGCUGCAGCCGCCAUGGCAGCUAGAGAUGCAGCUGAGAAAUCAUUGAGGUUAGCUGACUCAAGGGCAUCAAGGCUCAGGGAUAGAGUAGAGGAACUUACCCGUCAGCUUGAAGAGUUCGAAAACCGGGAAGACUCAAGGGGCCGAAGUAGGCCUAGAUAUGUAUGCUGGCCUUGGCAGUGGCUUGGGAUGGAUUUCGUAGGGGCUAGUCGACCUAUUACAGAACAACAGACGUCAAAUGAAAUGGAGCUCUCUGAACCUCUUCUGUGAUUAAACUUAUUUAUUUAUUUUUUCCUACCUCAUUACACUUUUUCCGGUGUAUUUAUCGGAUUUUUUUUUAACAUCAGUACAGCCAAAAAGAACAAAAGGAAAAAAAUGAUAGCUUUAGAUCAUCUUUGUCGCAAGGGUUUUCUUGUUUCAGUCGUACAAAGCUGUUUAAUAAGUUUGCUAGUUUCUCAAUCAUCAUUGCAAGUUGAUGAUUAUUUUGUUUAUUGGAUUUUAAACCCCAAA